CAGUUCGAUAAAACUUGCACCUCUUUUUUUCUAAACACAGGCGUAGUGAAAAAACUUCUUCGAUUCUCGGUCGGUUCGAAAUUCACUGGAGGUGAGUGUUAUUUGGUGCUGAGCAAAAACCUUUCGGAAAACGGAUUGGUGGUACAUUUUCACGACAUCCCAUCACAAAUUGCCGGUACGAUGGCCAACGUGAACCUUGCGUCGGUGGUGCUGCGAAAUGCGCUGCGUACGAAGAUGGGCACCCGUCAGGCCCAUGACAUGAUCUCGCAGAAGAUUGGCAAACGGGAAGUGGUCGGUCACGGCUGGAACGGUAUGGCAGUUUAUGCUGAUCGUGUCGACUACCCGAUGCCGGCCAUCCGCUUCAAGGAAAACACUCGUGAUGUCCUGGCUCUGCGCGAGAAGGAGAAGGGUGACUGGAAGAAGCUGUCGGUGCAGGAAAAGAAAGCCCUGUACCGUGCAUCGUUCUGCCAAACCUUCGCCGAGAUGAAGCACCCGACCGGUGAAUGGAAAGCCUGCCUUGGUGCCGCCCUGAUUGCGACGUCCAUGAGCUUGAUUGGCAUGAUGCUGCUGAAGGCAUUCGUGUACGACCCGAUCCCGGAAACGUUCGAUGAAGAGCACCAGAAGGCACAGCUUAAGCGUAUGCUUGACCUGAACAUCAACCCAAUCCAUGGUGUGUCCUCGAAGUGGGACUACGACAACAACAAGUGGAAGUAAAGCGUCGCCAGUCCGGACAGGCGCGCGCACUGCUGUGGGCUGUUGUGAAAGUAAUUAAAUUCCGUGAUCGUACAUGGUUCGCAGCUUGUUGUUCUGUGAGCGCUUGUUGAGCAAAUAAAUAUCAGUGUCGCCUCUAGGGUA